UGUAAUCUUGGAAUUAAAGAUGAUUAAGCAGCCAGAGAUCAUAGGCUCAAUUGCAAGUCAUGCCGAUGUGGAAGCCCAGAUUAAAGAUAGCACAGAAAUGGAGAAGAAAGUGUCAAAGAUCUUGAAGCUUAUAAAGAGUAAAGAUCGACCCAAAAAAGGUGGCGCUUCUAAAGACUCAAAAAAAUCAGAACUUAUAGGCCUUGUUGAGGACUUUCAUGAACAAUAUCAGUUGCUUUAUGGUCUGUACGAUCAUUUCAGAGUCACUUCAGUGAAAAAGGCUCGUGGGAGAAAAGGAAAGGAAAUUUCGACUUCAUCUACUUCCAGCUCAGACUCCGAUUAUUAUUCCUCUGAAGACAUUGACAUUAUCAAUAGCAACUUGGAAAAUGAGCGUAAGAAGGCCGCAAACAAAGUUAAGAAAGAUUUUGAAACUGCAAAUUUCGCUAUGGCAGAGCUGAAUCAUAAAGUGGCCUCUACAUCUGAAGAUGUUGAAGCUCUAAAGUCUGAAUAUACUGCAGCCUUGAGAAAAAUAAAAGAACUAGAGACUAUAAACCAACAUUUGGGAAAUGAAGCAGAAGAACGGGAAAAGGAACUUUCAGCAUUUGGAAAGGAGUUAGAGGGCCAGUCACCACCUGGCUUAAAAAGCGAGUUGAAAUCACUGCACUGUGAGAAGAAAAAUCUUGAAGCUCAAGUGGAAAGCAAGACUGCUGAAGCAAAACAGCUUGGAGAGAAAAAUGCGGAACUGACUGCCAAGAUUUUGGAACUUGAAUUGAUAAAGAAGGAGAAGAGUGAGAUAUCUGCUAUGCUGAAGAAAACAGAGGACAAUGAAAAUAAUUUAACAUACGAAAAUGAGGCUUUAGUUGCAGAAGUGAGCAACCUGAAACUAGAGUUGGAUUCUUUACGUGCUCAGAAAUGUGAGUUGGAAGAACAUAUAGGAUCUAAAAGAACUGAGGUUGUCCAAGACAAUGGCUUAGCGCAUAAGGUCUCUGCUUUGCAGCAGGAAUUGCAUUCUCUUCACCGGCAGAAAAAUGAAUUAUCUGCACAACUGGAGAGAAAGACCAAAGAUAUAUUUGAAAACCUGAUUCAGGUAGAGACUUUGGAAGAAGACCCCGCAAGAAACACUGUAGCUGAAGAGAAAAUUCUAGAAGAGAAAGACGGUAUUCCCAAGGUGGGUCAGGACCUAGAAUUGGAUGUGGACAGUCCGCACAAUCUGAAAAAUGAGUUGGAACAGCAGUUAAGAAGUAAAGUUCAUGAAAUUGACCAGUUGAGGAAGGAAAAGGAGAAGCUGCAUGAUAGAAUUUUUGAACUGGAAGAAAUGUUGACGGACAGAGGCAAAGAAUUCUUCUCUCUUCAGAAGCAAAGUGAGUGUAAAGAGAAUGAAGCUUCUACUCAGAUUAUGACUCUAACAGCUCAGGUUAACAAUCUGAAACAAGAGAUGGGUUCCUUGCAGGCGUUGAAGAGUGAGUUAGAGAUGCAAAAUGAGAGACUAAUACAAGAUUUUUCACAGAGUCAGACCUUGAUGGAAAAUGAAAACACCAAGUUAACAAGCAAGAUUGCUGACCAACAGAACAUACUGAAGGAGCGGGAGGACACUAUAAAGAAGUUAACUGAGGAUUAUAAACAAGUGAAACGCUUGUUGGUGGAGUCGAAGUCACGGUUACAAUUCGCUGAAAGAAAAAUGGAGGAAUUGGCAGAAGAGUUCCGCAAGAAAAUGGAAGAUCAUAUCCGUCUGUUAUAUCAAAGAAUCGUUGUUGCAGAACAAAUACACACCGAAAACAAACUGAAUUACAGGAAGGCAAAAGAGAGGCUUGAGCAAGAAAACAAACUGCUUGAAGAAAAAAUUGCGGCUUAUGAACCUGAGCUGUAUAAGAUGUGGGACAUAUUGAAGCCAGGAAACAAUGCAUUGACUACAUUGGACUUGGUGUUUAGAAGGUUUCAUCAUGACAAUGGGAGCAUCCUGGAGCGCAUCUCCAGAAUUUCAAAUGAAAUUCAGUCUGCAAAGAACUGGGUGGCAGGUACUAACAAUGAGAUGAAAAGAUUGAAACAUAAUAUGGAUGGUUUGACUUCACAGCUGGAUGGCAAGGAAGAGCAGGAACUCAUGUUAAGAGAGAAGGUUUGGAACCUGGAAGCAAAAUUGGGCAAAGAAGGAGGGGAGAAGCUGGUUAAAGAAAGUAGCCAACUUGAGAGGAAAGUUAGAGAGUUGGAGAGUAAAAUAAAAGAGCAGGAUGAGAAAUUGUUGGGUAUUGGAGAGGAGAAGAGGGAGGCCAUUAGGCAGCUAUGUAUAUUGAUUGAUUAUCAUCGCAAUCGCUGUGAUUAUCUGAAGGAAGUGAUUUCAAAGAUGAAUGUUAGGUGUAGGAGAGCAACAUGAAAAAUUGUCCUUUCUUUUCCCCAUUAAUGUUGUUGCAUGUAAGAAUUCUGGUUCAUUUCAGUUCAUUCAUUCAUUCA